CUACAAAAUUUUUCUAUACUCCAAUUGGCUCUUUCAAUCACACACCAUGGCCACGCGCCACCUUCUCAACCUCACGCGCCGCCGCUCUCGAAUCACUCCCUUCACCGUUCUCCCACCAUGUAUUACCUUCUCUUCCCGAUCCUCCACCUCCAUAACCAAGCCCUCCCAAUCAUCCUCCCUACCCUCCCCACCUCCCCCAGACGCCAUGAUCUACGAUCGCUUAGCUGAACAAGUCAAAUCGAAGAUCAAACGCCUCGAAGACCCGAACCAGAGAUUCCUCAGGUACAAUUCCCCCGAUCCUACUGUAGCAGAUCACACCUCAAUCCUAUCAGCACCGGAGACGAAAGUCACUACUCUUCCUAAUGGUCUUCGUAUUGCUACGGAAUCGAAUCUGUCUUCACAGACAGCUACUGUUGGAGUUUGGAUCGAUGCUGGAUCGCGAUUCGAAACUGAGGAGAAUAAUGGGGUUGCUCAUUUCCUUGAGCAUAUGAUUUUUAAAGGAACUGAAAAGAGGCCAAUUAGGGCAUUGGAAGAGGAAAUUGAGAAUAUGGGAGGGCAUUUGAAUGCAUAUACUUCUAGGGAGCAAACUACAUAUUUUGCGAAAGUUUUGGGAUGUGAUGUACCUAAGGCAGUUGAUAUUCUUGGGGAUAUUUUGCAGAAUUCUCUAUUGGAGGAAGAUAAGAUUAUUCGAGAGCGUAGUGUGAUUCGUCGCGAAAUGGAAGAGGUGGAAAAACAACCUGAGGAAGUCAUCUUUGACCAGUUACAUACUACUGCAUUCCAAUACACUCCAUUGGGUAGAACUAUUCUUGGACCUGCUCAGAACAUUGAGAAAAUGACAAGAGCUCAUAUUCAAGAUUACAUUUCAACCCACUAUGGUGCUCAUAGAAUGGUAAUUUCUGCUGCUGGAGCUGUGAAGCAUGAAGAAGUUGUUGAGCUAGUGAAGAAACAUUUUACAAAACUAUCAUCUAAUCCUAUUACCACUUCCCAAUUGGUGUCAGAAGAGCCAGCAAUAUUUACAGGUUCAGAGAUACGUAUCAUUGAUGAUGAUCUGCCUCUCGCUCAAUUUGCUGUUGCAUUUAGUGGAGCGUCAUGGACUGACCCUGAUUCCAUAGCUUUGAUGGUCAUGCAACAAAUGCUAGGAUCAUGGAACAAAAGUUCAGGAGGAGGAAAGCACAUGGGUUCAGAGCUUGUCCAGAGGGUGGCCAUUAAUGAGCUAGCUGAAAGUGUGAUGGCUUUUAACACCAACUAUAAAGAUACAGGGCUGUUUGGUGUCUAUGCUGAAGCUAAGCCUGAUUGCUUGAGUGACUUAGCUUAUGUCAUCAUGAAUGGUAUAUGCAAGUUAAGUUACAAAGUGUCUGAUGCUGAUGUGGUUCGCGCACGUAAUCAGCUGAAAUCUUCUUUGAUGCUCCACAUUGAUGGAUCAGGCCCUACUGCUGAAGACAUUGGACGGCAGUUAAUCACAUAUGGCCGCAGAAUUCCAUAUGCUGAGUUAUUUUCCAGAAUUGAUAGUGUCGAUGCUGGAACAAUCAAGCGAGUUGCAAAUCGUUUUAUUUUCGACAGGGAUGUUGCAAUAUCAGCAAGGGGACCAAUUCAAGAUUUGCCUGAUUACAACUGGUUCAGACGCAGGACAUACUGGCUGCGGUACUAGAUUGCUAAUUCUUUCCUGAUGACUUAAAUUCAUCUUCUUUUCCCAGUCGUAAGCGUGACAUUGAGCAUUAUACCACACAUAGUCUACAAAACACUUUUGUCAAUAAAAUGAGUGACAAAUUUUGUUGAUCACUUUUGUUUUUGUACAUGGUGUUCAUGUCAAGGAGAAAACAUUACUUGCUUCUGCCUUUGGCUGUCGAUUCAGUCAGCAUACAGUGGCUUCUCUUUAUUGUGCAAUAUAUUUUGAAAAUUGCAUCAA